AGAUUACAUCGCGAUUUUGUAAAUAUUUUUUUUUGUUUGUAAACAAACAAAAAUUGUGUGUAAUGUGAUCUUGCUUUUCCUCUUUAUGUACAGGAUUUUAAUAAAAUUAUAGAUUUUUUAAAGGUUUUAUUAAUCGUAGUUAUUUAAAAAUCAAUUGUAAAGAAAUAUCGAUUGACAGAAAGAGUAUGCAAGAUAAUAUUCUGAUAAGAUAAAUGUAUAACAGUGACGAAGCCUACCGGUGUGUUAUAUAAAUCACAUUGUUGAAUCAAUUUUAUUAUAAUAUAUAAUUACUUUAAUAUACCAGCUAACGUCGAUGAAAAGAAUAUACGUCCUCGUCCCCUUAAUUUUAGUACUUCAAUCCAACAAAUACAAGGCAGACAUGGAUGCUAAGGCACUACCUUCAGCUAUUGCAAGAUUCUCUGCAAAAUUUGUAAAUGAACUUGACAAAAGCAAGAGUGUAGUUUCAUCCCCAUUAUCGGCUGAGUUUGUCUUAGCCUUACUCACUCUGGGCACUACUGAUGAGGCACACAAUGAAUUACUAACUUCUCUUGGUAUUCCUGACGAUGAUUCGAUUCGCUCGUCGUUUUCGUCUAUAUCAUCUAAAUUUAGAUCGAUCAAGGGCGUAACCUUGAAUGUUGCCAACAAAGUGUAUGUGAUGGAUGGCGGGUACGAUCUGCAACCGCAGCUGAAGGAGGACGCGGUUAAGGUGUUUGAUGCUGCAUUCGAGAAAGUCGACUUUAGUGAUUCAGGUCACGCGGCUAGUCUCAUCAAUGCUUGGGUCGAAGACAAGACUAACAAACGCAUUAAAGAUCUCAUUUCGCCGGAUGAUUUAGAUUCUUCAUCGCGAUUGGUUCUUGUUAACGCUAUUUAUUUUAAGGGUACUUGGAAGAAGCAGUUUCAACCACAGAACACUAUGGAUCAACCUUUCUACGUGACACCGACAACGACUGUCGACGUGCCUAUGAUGUACAAAGAAGAUAACUAUAAAUUCGGCAAUAGCGUAGAAUUGAAGUCACUGCUGUUAGAAAUGCCAUAUAUAGACAACGAGGCUAGUAUGUUGAUUGUCUUGCCUGAAGAGCUCGAUGGCCUCGACUCAGUGCUGCAGAAGCUGGCAGCCGGCCACGACCUCUUUGCAGAUGUGGCGAAUAUGUUUGAUACUAAGGUGCAAGUCACUAUUCCGAAGUUUAAAAUCGAGACCGAAAUCGAUUUAGGAGAUCUAUUGCCUAAGAUUGGUAUCAAAAAGAUUUUCGAUAAGACUAACUCAGGGUUGACAAAAAUACUGAAUGUCGACGAACCUCUAUAUGUAUCCAAGGGCAUUCAAAAAGCCUUUAUUGAAGUCAAUGAAGAGGGAGCCGAAGCCGCUGCAGCUACUGCCGGUGUAGUCCGUAUGCGUCGAUCAUUGCAUCAUACCCCACCGCCGGUUACGUUCGUUGCAAAUCGACCAGCUUUAUGGUGCAUCAAUGUGGCGAACCAGAUUGUAGCUGUAGCCACAUACAGAUCGGCACCCAACCUACGCGACGAAUUGUAGCACUAGAGGGGCCUUAAUGACCAACUAUUAGGCAUGGUUGUGAUGAUGCGGUGCGCGAUGCCUUCGCCUACAUUCUACGCUAAUCGUCCGUUCCUGUUUUUGCUUCUUGACAAUCAGCGUACCGUGCUCUUCAUCGGCGUAUUUAAUGGGAAAUGAUGACUAUAACAGUAAACACUAACUGCAAUGAAAUAAUAAGUAACAUAUACACUCACAUCUGUUUAUAAAAAAAGCUCACUAUUAAUUAUUAUUGAAAUUUACUCAUAUUACUUUAGUAUUAUUGGUGAAAUUAUAUGUAUCUUUGAAAUGUGUUCUUCAACCAGGAGAAAUAUAAUACGUGCACUGCAGUUUCUUCGUAAAAGUUUACUUAUUUGUGAGAUUUUAAGAAAUAUUAUUUAUAAGUACAAAUGUUGAUCUAAUAAAUGAUUUGUUUUUAUUGGU